UCCUACACCCGUUAUACUGAUUAAAUGUAAUGCCACAAGUUGCAGUAGUGUUAUAUCUUCUUAGGAAACAGCAGAGAGGAGCAGAUGCUGUGAAAAAUUAAGAGGGAGAGACAGAAAGGAGGAGGAGUCAGUUCCCUCAUUACGUCAUUUAUUGUGUGUUAGGAACAGAUUUAUUGCCCACUGGAGACUAACUGCUAGGUUGUAUAUAUAUGAGAGUGUGUGUGUUGGGCUCAACCCGCUGGAGAAAAAGAAAGCGAGCUGAAAGAAAGGAGAAUUUAUUCCAGGACAUCUUCAGCUACUCAACAAUCAUGUCUCAACCUAGUCAGGAAGAUGAGCAAAUGCAGCGUCCAGAAGUGACAGAAGAAGACCUGACCGAAGCAAGGAACAAACUGGGUGCUGCUGGGCCUCCGAAGAGCAAGACAAUGGAAGUAAUGGAGGAGUGCGAGAAAGUGGGGAAAGUUGCUCCAUCUGUGUUCAGCAGAGCGAGGUCGGGAGGAGAGACUGUUUUCAACACUCGCUCAGCUCAGCCAAUCAGGAAAUAGAUGAAAACUUCCUGACCGUGGCUGAACCUGUUCCAGGUUAAUGCGUUUGGAUCAGUCGUUUCCCCAUUCAGUCCAAGAAAAAGCUUGCUUAAAGCCUACUUUUGUUAAGAGCAUAAUUUAACUUUAGAUUUAUUGAUAAGAAGCUUUCUUAAAAUUCAAGGUCUAGAUGAAUUCAGGUUCAGUGUUUAAAACAGAUACAUUAAGAAGGUUCUGAGAUAUAAAACAGCCUAUGCAGUAUUUUAACUGAUACUUCAAAAAGAGCUUUAUAUAAUAAUUAUAAUAAAAAUAUAAAGACACAAACUUAUUCACCACUGUCGCAAUUAAACUGAAUGUAAAAACAAACAAACAAAAAACCCACUUUGUAACAAAUAAAAAUAA